AUUCUGUUUGCGCACGUUGCGUUGAAUUGAUCAGUGUUGAAUAUGCGCAAAACAAAGACGUUUGUCAUGAAUAGACAUCAGCCUCUGAAAUAAUAUUCGAAUACAUAUUUGGUUUCCCUAACUAACCUACUCCUAACUAACAAUAUUAAAGGUUUUUCUUGUAAUUAUUUUCGAAAUGAGGUACGCUCAGUUAGUGAUGGGUCCGGCCGGUAGCGGCAAGUCUACUUACUGCUCCGUCAUGCAACAACAUUUUGCCGACGCAAGGAGGACAGUAGAGAUUGUAAACUUGGAUCCUGCAGCGGAACAUUUUGAUUACGAACCGUCCGUUGAUAUAAGAGAACUUAUUCAAUUAGAUGAUGUCAUGGAAGAUGAGGAUUUAAACUUUGGGCCUAACGGUGGACUUAUAUUCUGCAUGGAAUACCUAAUUGAGAACAUCUCAUGGCUGCAAGAGAAAUUAAAUGACAGGAGUGAGUGUUACAUGAUAUUUGAUUGUCCAGGGCAACUUGAAUUGUACACUCAUCUGACGAUUAUGCGAGAUUUUAUAAAAGUGCUGCAAAAUCUGGAUUUUCGAAUAUGUGGUGUAUUUUUAUUGGAUGUCCAGUUCAUGGUAGACGCGCCAAAAUUUCUGUCAGGUUCUCUCGCUGCCCUCAGCGUGAUGGUAAACCUAGCUAUUCCACACGUUAAUGUUCUUAACAAGACCGACUUAUUGUCAAAGAGGGCACAGAAGAAACUGGAGAGCUUUACGGAACCUGACGUAAAUAAUCUGUUAUCGGACGCGGAAUGGGACAAGUGGGAUAAGAAGUACCUUCGUCUUACAGAAACUAUUGGUAAACUUGUAACAGAUUACAGCUUGGUACGUUUUCUGCCGUUGAAUAUCAAGGAUGAAGAAAGCGUGGCAGAUGUUAGAUUGUACAUUGAUGUUAUUAUGAAUUAUGGCGAAGAUGAGGAUGUAAAGCAGAGAGAUUUUGAGGAACCGUCCAAUGACGCAGAAAAUUAAACCGACCAUUUUGUAAAAAAGAGAAAGCUAUAUCGACUUUAGGUUAAUUCUAGAUUAAAUAUGAUACGUUUGGCACAUACAUCUUUAAUUAAUGAAUACAAAACAAAAAUAUACCGCAUAAUCCCAGUAAUUAAUUAAAGAAGAAUUCUUUAAGUUAUAAUACUCCUUACUGAGAGAGAUUUACAAAACUGUACAAUAUCAGAUAUUUACAAUACAAUUAUUUCAUCUUUCUACAUAC